CUGAAUCCGUAGGCAAAUCGCUCUCUUCCUCCGAUUCUUCACUCAUCAGUCCUCACUGAUUCUUCACUCAUCAGUCAUCACCGAUUCUUCACUCGUCAGUCGUCACCGGUUCGAAUUCUCCGAUUCUACAAAGGUUUGUAGACAAAGUAGAAAACAUCAACGAAAACUCACACAUACAACUGCGAGAGUUUGGGUUCGUGCUUAGGUGACGGUGUCUAGCCUAGCAAACAUCAGCAGUGUCAGUUGAGCUAGGUUUUGUAGACAAAGUGGCAAGUACCACCUUUAACUCAUUGACACAAUUGUGAGGUCCCGAGUUCGAACCCAGAAGAAGGUUUCCAGUCUAGCAAUAUCGGGAUUGUCAAUUAAGCUAGCUCUUACCGACAAACAAUGGUUAUUUUAUUUGGUAACAAGUUCAGAUAUAGAUAUAGAUAUUAUUCCAGUUCAAUUCCAACACCCCAAAAUUUAGGUAUCAUAAUUUCAAUUUUUCAUAAUUCCAGUUCAUUGUCACCAAUUACCAAAACCAUUAAUUGGAACACUACUCACAGUUUUGUUAGGGAAAACCCUCUUCUUUCUAUCCUAGAAAGAUGCAAGUCACUUGUCCAGUUGAAGCAAAUCCAGGCUCAAAUGGUCUCGACGGGAUUGAUCGAAAAUGGGUUUGCUGCGAGUCGCCUUGUCGCAUUCUGCGCUUUAUCUGAGUCAAAAGAACUUGAUUAUUGUACUAGAAUAUUGUAUCGAAUUAAAGAACUGAAUGUCUUUUCUUGGAACGCUGCAAUUAGGGGGUAUGUUGAGAGUGGAGAUAUAGAAGGGGGUUUUAUGUUGUAUAAGAGAAUGUUGUUAGGUGGUACGUUGAAACCGGAUAAUCAUACUUACCCGUUGUUGCUUAAAGGUUGUUGUGGUCAAUAUUCAAGUUGUCUCGGUCUUGGUGUACUUGGGCAUGUGUUGAAGUUUGGGUUUGAAUGUGAUAUAUUUGUGCACAAUGCAUCGAUUACUAUGCUACUCUCGUGUGGGGAGUUGAGUGUGGCUUAUGAUGUGUUUAAUAAAAGUCGUGUGAGAGACCUCGUAACCUGGAAUUCAAUGAUUACUGGGUGUGUUAAAAGGGGACUGGCAAUUGAGGCUAUCAAAAUCUAUAAGGAAAUGGAGGCCGAGAAAGUGAGACCAAAUGAGAUUACGAUGAUUGGGAUGAUUUCUUCAUGUUCUCAGGUGCAAGAUUUGAAUCUUGGCAAAGAAUUUCAUUGUUACAUCAAAGAACACGGUCUUGAGUUUACAAUUCCACUCACUAACGCACUUAUGGACAUGUAUGUGAAGUGUGGGGAAUUGUUGACUGCGCGAGUUCUAUUUGAUAACAUGGCACAGAAGACUCUUGUUUCAUGGACUACAAUGGUUUUGGGAUAUGCCAGAUUUGGUUUUCUGGAUGUUGCUCGAGAGAUUUUAUAUAAAAUUCCAGAAAAGAGUGUUGUGCCAUGGAAUGCCAUCAUCAGUGGCUGUGUCCAGGCGAAGCAGGGUAAAGAGGCAUUGGCUCUAUUCCAUGAAAUGCAAAUUCGUACAAUAGAACCUGAUAAAGUAACCAUGGUUAACUGCCUGUCAGCAUGUUCACAGCUAGGAGCACUUGAUGUUGGAAUAUGGAUUCACCAUUAUAUUGAAAGACACAAGCUUUCUAUUGAUGUCGCCUUAGGAACUGCCCUAGUUGACAUGUAUGCCAAGUGUGGAAAUAUUGCAAGGGCGCUCCAGGUUUUCGAAGAGAUUCCUCAAAGAAAUUGUUUGACCUGGACAGCCGUGAUUUGUGGUUUAGCACUUCAUGGUAAUGCUCAAGAUGCUUUAUCCUAUUUCUCAAAAAUGAUUCAUAUUGGAAUAGUGCCUGAUGAGAUCACCUUUCUUGGUGUGUUAUCAGCUUGUUGUCAUGGAGGUUUAGUUGAAGAAGGCCGCAAAUAUUUUUCCGAAAUGAGCUCUAAAUUCAAUGUAUCCCCUAAGCUUAAACACUACUCAUGCAUGGUGGACCUUUUAGGAAGGGCGGGUCAUUUGGAGGAAGCAGAAGAACUCGUUAAAAACAUGCCCAUGGCAGCAGAUGCUGCUGUUUUGGGUGCUUUAUUCUUUGCCUGCCGUGUUUAUGGAAAUGUUCAAAUUGGUGAGAGGACAGCUUUUAAGCUUCUUGAGAUUGAUCCUCAAGAUAGUGGAAACUAUGUUCUGCUUGCUAGCAUGUACAGUGAGGCAAAAAUGUGGAAGGAGGCAAGGAGUGCUAGGAAACUAAUGAAUGAUAAAGGAGUAGAGAAGACUCCUGGUUGCAGCUUGGUUGAGAUCAAUGGCAUUGUGCACGAGUUCGUGGUGAGGGAUGUAUCACAUCCACAGUCUGAAUGGAUUUAUGAAUGUCUGGUUACGCUGACAAAACAACUCGAGCUUCUCGAAUUAACAUGAUGUUCCUGCUCAUGGAGAUAAUCUCAUUUCCUGAACUUGUCAGCCUGUUUGCUAUAUCUCUGCUCAUUUAAUUAUUAUUUUUUACUGGACAAGCUGGACCUAGUUUUUUCAUUCUAUUGACGAGUUUCUGCCUUAGGAAAUGUACGGAUAUAACAUGAAGUCGUGUCUAUCAUAGUUUCCCUGCCUUAGGAGAUGUUUUUCAUUCUACCUAUAUCUUCUUUUGUCAUUUUAUACUAGUUUGUAGUUCUUUGGUAGUACAGAAAAAUGUAGAGUAUUUGAUUGAUAUAUCUGUGGUUAUACUUCAGCGUCAUAGUUAGAAAACAUGGAUAUUUUCCCUGGUCAUUACCAAGUUUCUCUUGGUUAGGCUGCUACUACAUGAUUUCUAUAUUCUCUUUACCUGCAUGAGUUUUAUUGUGCUUUUGAGUUUGAA